AUGCGUCCUCGCCCAGAACAUGAAAUGUAUCGACACCCCACACCACCGCCGCUGGAGGGAUUCAGCGAAAAGCUAGAAGCCGACGAGUUUCCUGUGGCUCCCAUAUCGGAGUUUGAAGAUGAAUUAACACCGGAGGAAGAAAGGAGGCUUGUAUGGAAGAUUGACUGGGCCGUGCUGCCGACUUUGAUGUUGGGGUUCAUGGUGUUGCAACUCGAUCGCGCGAACAUAGGAAAUGCUCUCACAGACUUCUUCUUUCGAGAUGUCGGCAUUACUCAGAACCAAUUCAAUACGGGCCAACUGCUCCUUCCGCUCGCGAUUAUAUUGGUCGAGAUUCCUUGCAACAUAAUUCUAUUCAAGUUGGGUCCACAAAUAUGGAUAGCUGCCCAGAUCUUUGCAUGGGGUACCGUGGCCACCUUACAGGCAUUUCAAAAGGGAUUGGCGGCAUUCUUAAUCACCAGGAUACUACUUGGAAUCUGCGAAGCUGGCUUCGUGCCGGCUAGCCUCUACACCCUUACAACGUGGUAUAAGCGAAGCGAGACUAGCAAGAGAUUUGCCAUAUUUUACAUUGGAAAUUUGUCCGCUGGGGCAGCAAGUGGCUUAAUAGCAUAUGGAAUAUUGCAAAUGAGAGGGAUUCGUGGGCUGGCAGGAUGGCAAUGGCUCUUUAUCUUAGAGGGCCUCCUCACCAUCAUCGUUGGUUUCCUGUUCCUUGCCCUUUUCCCGAAGGACCCAGACAACCCAAUCUCAAUGUUUGGGUAUCGUUAUUUUACCGAGAGGGAAGCCGCAUUUUUAUCCCGAAGAGUCCUUGCGGAUGAUCCUAAGAAAGAGAAGGGAGGAAACUCUAUAUCGCUCAAACAGCUGAAGGGAGCGGUAACGAACUGGAAAAUGUAUCCGCAUCUAUUCGUGACAAUUUCCGGACUGGCACCCAUCUACGUAUUCGGUGCCUAUGCCCCGACCCUGGUAGCAUCCUUUGGUUUCGAAAGGCUAGUAUCAAAUGCCUUGGUAACCAUUGGUUUAUGGGCUCAGCUAUUUUUGAUAGUUCUUUGGGGAUAUGUUGGAGAUAAAACAGGUAGACGUGGAUAUGUCGUUCUAGCAGGCUCGCUGUGCAGCUGGGGAUUUGUUCUCGGGUGCCGAGUACUCGUGUAUUCUCCGGACGGCAACCUGCGAUUUGCACUUCUCACGCUUGCUAUCGCCUUCUGCGCCGUAUGGCAGCCCGUCAAUGCUUCCUGGAUGUCCAUGAAUUGUCGCUCACCAGAAGAACGGUCCAUUGCAAUGGCCUUGUUUACGAUGGCAACGAAUGUAGCUGGCAUUGUUGCCAGCCAUGUCUUCCAGCAAGAAGACCGGCCGCUGUACGUGAUGGGGUGGAACGUGAAUAUUAGCCUGAUUACCGCACAUGUUGUAAUUGUUGUUGGGUCGAUAUUACAGUACGUGGUAUUGAAUCGUAAGCGUAAGAAAGCAGGUUCGAUGGGGGAGUUGUAUUCUUAUUAG